UGUGGGCAAGCACCGCCCUACACACUUUCCUAGGGGGGAACUUUUGAUAAGAUUUUUAUGUGCGUGUGACUCUCCCCUUUAUUAAGUCACAACGUGUUCCACAUGGGAAGUUCCUUUGGGACCGUCCUCUCCAACAUCAAACUUUGGUUUGAACUUUUGAACUCUUGUUUCAUCUGGGUAAUGGUAUAAGCAGUUGAAAACAGGGCAGUGAGGAGCCGAAGGCAGAACCAGUGUCUGUUGUAAAAUUGUCUGUCCCUGAUGUCCUGGUUAAUGACCCCUGGGAGCAAGUGGGGUCCUCUGAGCAGUACUGAUAGCAGUCUCUGAAAAGAAGAACAGUAGGCCUCCAGGAGAUCUUCCCCAGAGAGAUCUACAGUUGUGUCCUGGAGGACUGCGUUACCAUGGCAACGGUCACCCACAUGGCCUAUAGAUCUGACUCUGACCCACAGAGGUCACAGCUUUGGUUUAGACAGCUUGCUGGGCUGAAAGGAUGCCACUGAUGGCUUAGUAGGUCAACUCUAUCUAAGCGAAGAGAAGGGACUUCCCUUGUGUGUACUCGUCCUUGGCUGUGCCUCAGCUAGCCAAGUGGACUUUAUGAGUAUAAGGUGUUGGGUGUCCUGGAAGGUUGCUCGCCAUCCCUACUCGCAGACGUUUACAUGGACUUAGACUACAGAAAAAAAUGGGACCAGUAUGUGAAAGAACUCUAUGAGAAGGCGAGUGAUGGACAGAUGGUGGCGUACUGGGAAGUGAAGUACCCUUUCCCGCUCUCCAACAGAGAUUACGUCUACACCCGCCAGCGGCGAGACCUGGAUGUGGACGGGAGGAAGAUCUACGUGGUCCUGGCCCAGAGUGUCUCUGCGCCUCAGUUUCCUGAGAAGUCUGGGGUAAUUCGAGUGAAGCAGUACAAGCAGAGCCUGGCGAUUGAGAGCGAUGGCAAGAAGGGGAGCAGAGUUUUCAUGUACUACUUUGAUAACCCAGGUGGCCAAAUUCCGUCCUGGCUCAUUAACUGGGCUGCCAAGAAUGGAGUUCCAAACUUUUUGAAGGACAUGGUGAAAGCGUGUCAGAACUACCACAAGAAAACCUAAGGAGGAGACUGGGACCCCGGCAUCCAUGAAAGACAUCUCUGGAUGUGCUACAUCAGCUGAGGGUCUCCCUUCCGUUCACACUUUCCAUCUUCAAAGUACUACACAUUCCCCAAGUUUGCCUCUGUCCAGCUCCUUUGCUCCUUCUUCCCCACUGGUCAUACUCAGAACUUGCUACCUUCUUCCACUAUUGAAUGGGGGCCCAUGCUUGUUUAUGUUUCAUUAGGGAAAUCCUUAGUGGGGAAAAGGAGCCAUUCUGUUGUGCCAUUUUUGGGGGGAAUGAGUGAGAGGAAGAAACACGACAAGAUAUAAGAGCAGCCUUUCUUGGAAAGCAGGCUCACUUCAGCACUCUCUCUUGCAACUAGAAAAGUGGCCUUUGGUCCACAGUUGGCCUUCCAUAUUGGAGUACUGGAGAUACAGUGAUGCCUGUUCUCUUGAUGCCUCACUGACUCGGAUAGGGUGGGAUUUGAGAUGACGAGCAAGUGUGGCUGCGUUCCUACUUGGAACACAGGAUCUAGUAGGUGCUGUGAUACCAGACCACUCUGAGGAGUGUCCCAGGUCUGACUGAGCACACGCUGAGAUGACCAAGUGUUCCUCAUUGCCACAUCUGGAGUUUUCCUUUCCCAUAAUCCACUGAGAAAGCGCUCCCUACACCUCUCGAGCUGUGCAUUUAACUGCAAGCCUAAGGCUCCAGAGCUAGCUUGUGCAGAGCCCGAUGACAGUGUCUGCCUAUGUACCAAGGUGACUUACUUUCCAUUCUAGAGUGCUGGGAGAUGUUGAAGGGGCAAUAAUGGUUUACAGAGGAGUGAAACUGGAGUAGUGAUUUGAUGUGCUCUUUGCCUUUUCCUUAGGAAUUCUACCUCUUCAAGACAGAGACUCUCAGAACUCUGCGUUUGAGCCUCAGUCUUUUGUAGGAAAAUCUAUUCUGUGGCCAAGACACAGCCUUAAUGAUCUCAGGGAAAAGUUGUAGUCACUCUGUGCAAACCUUGAUUGACAGAUAUGGAAACUCAGGAUGCAAAAGGCAGUGGAAAGGGAUCCCUUAGAGUGUGUGUUCUUUCUGGGAAGAAAGUUGUGUUCUGUGAAUAAACACAGUGACUUAUGUUUCUCUGUG